AUGGUGGUAACACAACUUCCUUUCCUAGUUAUAGCCAAUGCUGAUUCUACUCUUUGGUCAGAAAUCUCCCCUGCUCCCAUUCUGUCUGAAAUCCCUACCCUGAUGCUCACCAAAUACCUCCCCACUCUCAAUCUAUCACUCACACAUUUUUUUUCUUUUCUUUGUAUCCUUCCUGCAGACAUAUUCAUAUUUGGUAGUAUUGUGGGUGCCAGUGGACAAGUUUUCACUCUAUUUUCUUUUCCUUUAACACUUUGUAAAUUUGUGUUUGUCUCUACACUCUGUGCCCUAUCAACAUCCUUUUCUUUGACUCUCCUCCCAUUCACUCUUUUCUUCUCUCUUAUCUCCACACUCUUCUCUUCUAUUUUAUUUCACCUCUUUUCUCUUCAUUUAUUCCUCUCCACUUUUACUUUCUCUUUUUUGUUUCCCAUGAUCUCUACUUUUCUUUUUUUGUUCCUCUACUUUCUAUUUUUCUCUACUCUCUUUUUGUUCACUUCAGUCUCUACUCUCUCUUUGUUCCCUUCAAGCUCUACUCUCUCUCUCUCUUUGUUCCCUUCAGUCUCUACUCUCUCUCUCUCUUUGUUCCCUUCAGUCUCUACUCUCUCUAGCUUUGUUCCCUUCAGUCUCUACUCUCUUUCUCUCUCUAGCUUUGUUCCCUUAUAA